UGGACUGUUGUGCACAAUGCGUGUCAAAUGUUUACAUGUUAAGUUCGGCGCAAUGUUUUGUUAUAUUUAAAUAAUCAGCUAGUGUAUUGUUCCUAUUUAGAUUAAAUUAUAAUUUAUGAAUUAUAGAAGAUGUACCUAUCAGACUUAAAAGAUCUUGUGUCAAGUUUAGCAGUUAUAACUACGAUACUACAAUUUUUAUCUGGCUCUCUCGUUUGCAAACAAUAUGUGGUUAAUGGGACAACAUCAGAAUCUUCGCCGCUACCUUUUAUAUGCGGCUUUACAUCAUCGGGUCUCUGGCUUUUCUAUGGACUGACAAAACAGGACAAUAAAAUAAUUUUAGUUAAUAGUUUUGGUAUAGUUUUAUCGGUCUCAUAUGUUUUAGUAUUUUAUAUUUACACUAUCAAGAAAACAUCUGUGUUAAGGCAAUUUUUACUGUCUAUUACAAUACAUGUCUUCACAAUUGGCUAUAUGUCAGUGGAGGAAGACAAUGAAGUACUUUUGAGUAGAUUAGGGUUAUCAGCCUGUUCUCUUACUUUGUUAACAAUUGCUGCACCAAUGAUCAAGCUUUUUUAUGUUAUUAGAACAAAAUGUACAGAUUGUCUUCCUUUUCCAAUGAUAUUUAUGUCAUUGAUUGUAUCAAGUCUUUGGUUUGUCUAUGGUGUAAUAGAAGAAGAUAUAUAUCUAUCGGUACCAAAUUUUAUUGGUGUUGUCUUGGCCUUGGCGCAGCUUUCAUUGUUUGUGAUAUUUCCUAGUAUUCCACAUUCACCUCUUAUAUCUAAGACAACUCUAGCUUAAUUAAAAAAAAAUAAAAUAAAGAAGAAUGCAAGGUAAAUAGUUAUUUUCAAUAAUUUUUAGAAAAAGUAAUUGUUCUAUAAUAUGUGCAUAUAUUUUAAUAGAUGACUAGAAGACUAAGCAUUUUUAAAUUAAUUCAAGUUAAACAUAUUUCUGGUGCCAUUGUUUACAUAAAAUAGAAAAAUAUGCAAAUAACCAAAUGAUUUUGUCAUUGAAUAAAUGUAUAUUGUACAAAAUAGAUCUACAAGUGACGAUUUAUGCAAUAAGUUAAAGUAUUAUAAUUGUUUUCUUUAAUGAAUUUAUGUAGCUUAUAUAAAACUAGAUUUCAAUUUUUUUUUUUUACAAAAUAGGAAUACAUUAUAAAGAUAAUCUUGUCACUAAAAGUUCAAAUAAUAGUAUUAACAGUAUUUUUUCUUUUUUUGUGUUAUAUAAAUUAGUCAUUGACUUGGUCUCAUAUAUUUAUAAGGUGAAUAAUAUUGUAGAGAGAGAAACUAUCCCUUAAGCCUUUGUAAAGCCAUAGAGAAUGCACAAAGCUGCUGGCUAGCUGACUAAUAGAAGAGCAUAAAAGUUGCAGUGGUGUAUAUUGACUCAAUAUACACCACUCAAUACCUAGUACUACCCACUCAUCGUAACCUACAACUUAUAUAGCAAUAUUAAUAUUUUGUGUUCUGGCUUGAGGGUUGAGGUGGGUGGUGUAAGUUGUAACUACAGGUCAUCUUAAGAUGUUUUUCUUAAAUUGUUAGUAUUUCUUACAGAGCCAAUGCUUUGGGUAGUGGUAAUCACUUACCACCAGGUGGCCCUUUUGCCAGUCUCCUUUUGUCAUGUUAUAAGUAGAUGGAAGGGCAUAUGGGCCACCUGAUGGUAAGUGGACCCCCUGACCAAUGAAUAAUGAAGCCAUAUAAUAUUUUAACCAUUUCUUAUAAAGCAAUGCACCACCAACCUUGGGAACAAAGAUAUUAUGUCCCCUGUGCCUGUAGUUACUGGUGCAUACCUUUUUAUUAAUUAAAAAAUAUUGCUUCAUGUUAGUUUGUUUCUCUGUAGUCAAAAUUAUGUAACUUUGCUGUUGAACAAACUAUAGUUUCGAGUAUGCACGUCCCUAUUAUAAGUUCGAUGCGUGCUUGCGUCCUGUGUGCUUAUAACAGAAUACAUUAAUAAUUUUUUUUUUUCUAAUUAAAGUUUUUAACUAUUAAAAAAAGAAGGCUAUCGUUUUAUGAAAAGGUAUGAAUUAUAGUCGAAUAUAUCAAAGAUAUUUAUUUUAGAUGUGAAAAACAUAUGAAAUCGCUUUCCUUUCCUCUGAUUUAAGAGCCUCAAAGAUACCAGACGCGAACUGUCUGUAUAACGUUACAUACAUAUUUUGAUAGGUAGAUUGCAUUUUCCUACAGAAUGGUCAUUUUGGUUAGCAAUGGCGCUGUUGCUCUGUUCUAUGCCAAUGUCAAAACAUAAAUUAGUAAUUCAACUUCAACAUUAAUAAAUUAAAUGUAUAUCAAUUGUUCAAAUUAUUUAUUUAAUACUAUGUUAGUAUUUAUGUAUGUGGCAUUUUUUUAAAUUUAAUUUAUCACAUUCCUGCGUCUCGUAUGUUCCUUUUUGAGUUUAAUUCUAAUUCAUUAUAUUAAUUAUACAUAUAUAUAAUUACUAAUAGAUAACGUUUGCGUCUUCUUAAUGCCACUGUGAAAGCGACGCACUAAAUGAUAAUGUUCUUUGAAAAUAUCUUAAGUAAAAAUAUGUAUUUUCAUACUUAGGCAUAGAGUACUAUUUGAUCUUUAAAACAAUUUUAGUGAGAUAUGCGUAGACUAUUUGAACAACUGUAAGUGUCUAUGUUUGAAUAGUUAAAGAAUGUCAAAUUUUAUCUUGCACAAUUUAGCCAAAAGCCUUACAUAGAACUAAUAACUCCAAUGUGUAAACAUUAAUAUUAAAGUAAUUUAAGAUUUUUGUAACUAUAACUAAAAUAAAUAAAUAUGAUUGGCUAAUGAGUACCAUUAAAGCAGUUCUCUUGCCAUCGUUAUUUAUGAUUAUUUAAAAUAAUUAUGGUGCUUCAGUCAUUCAUAAUAAGUAUUAGAAAUGUAUUUUGUCAUUUAAUGAUUUCUCUUGU